GUGUUGUAAGAUGUCCACAGGAGGGAGGUGUUGGUCUUGGGGAUAAAAAGCAAAAGGCUGUAAUUUCUCUAGUUUUGUGGCCAUUAAAAAAGCAAAUACACGAUGUGUCUCUGUUUUACAGUAAAAUUAGUCCAAGUAAAACAGUUCCUGGUUCAAAACGCCACCACUGACACGUUCCAAGCCAGGUGGACGUCCGUCCGUGGAGCCACAGGAUAUCGUCUGACAUGGGCAUCUCAAAACGAUCACAUAGAGAACAUAAACCUCGGGGACAACUUUAACUUCUACAUGAUCCAGGGUCUCCAUUCGGGUUCUGAGUACACAGUUACUAUUAACCCCAUCUUUGGAGACACUGAGGGGCCUGUCACUACAACUAAAGCAAAAACAUUGGAGAGCAGUGCAGUUCAGACUCUAAAAGUGUCUGGCGUCACCACCAGUUCAGCUGUCAUCUCUUGGAACAGUGUCCCCGGAGCCACAGGGUACAGACUGGCCUGGGGACCUACUCCAG